AUGAGCAGCAACACUUCUGAGGAGAAUUUCGAGUGGGUAGAGACGCCACCGGCGCCCUCGCCCAUGGAGCCCAAGUUCGAUUGUGGUGUGAAGACAACUUCGCUAACGUUUCGUCAACAACAGUACCCUACCAUUGCCAAUGCUCCUCUACCUGCAGAAGGCUCUGGCCGCGACUCUUUCAACAACACCUUCCUCAUCUCCCUCCUCGUUGGUGUCCCCGCAUACAUCACAUACAGCUGGGGUAUGGGCUUCAAGACCUGGGUGUUCCUCGCUCUUGUUUUGUUCCUCCCCAUACUGGGCCCCUUUUGGUGGCUCACCUCCGAGUUCGCUCCCCGCAAGAACGAGAAGGCCAAGCUGCCCGGCAAGCCCAUCGAGCAUUACCUCAAGUUCAACAAGGCCGAGGACCGCGAUGCAUACUACGGCAAGAAGCAGAUUCCCCUUGAGACUUUCCAAGAGAAGUAUUUCGACGGCGAGCUGGAGCUCAAUGGCGACAUGCUGGAGAUUCUCGAGUGGCGCCACGACUGGUCCAAGCCGCGCUUCACUCUUGGUUUGAUCAAGCACUUCCUUUUUGGCUUCCUCCCUGAGAUGAUCAUGCACUCCAGGUCCCAGGACGAGGAACAGGUCCGAGACCACUACGACCGCGGCGACGACUUCUACGGCUGGUUUCUCGGUCCACGCAUGAUCUACACUUCCGGUGUCAUCUCCGAUAUCAACAAGGAGGAGAGCCUCGAGCAGCUCCAGGACAACAAAAUGGCCAUCGUCUGCGAGAAGAUCGACCUGCAGAAGGAUGAGAGGAUGCUCGAUAUUGGCUGCGGUUGGGGCACUCUUGCUCGCUUCGCCUCUGUCAACUAUGGUGCAAACGUUACUGGUGUCACUCUUGGUCGCAACCAGACUGCUUGGGGCAACAACGGCCUCAGGAAGUCUGGCAUCGAGGAAGACCAGUCCAGGAUUCUCUGCAUGGACUACCGCGACAUUCCCGUCCCUGAGGGCGGCUUCAACAAGAUCACUUGUCUCGAGAUGGCUGAGCACGUCGGUGUUCGUCGCCUUGGUGGCUUCUUCCGCCAGGUUUAUGACAUGCUCGAUGAUGACGGUACUUUUUUCCUCCAGAUUGCCGGUCUCCGUAAGCCUUGGCAAUUCGAGGACUUCACCUGGGGUCUCUUCAUGAACAAGUAUGUUUUCCCAGGUGCCGACGCUUCUACUCCUCUCGGAUUUGUUGUCGACACUCUCGAGGCCGCUGGCUUUGAGGUCAAGAUGGUCGACACAAUUGGUGUUCACUACUCUGCUACCCUCUGGAGGUGGUACCGUAACUGGCUCGCAAACAAGGACAAGGUCACUGCCAAGUACGGAAAGCGAUGGUACCGCAUCUGGGAGUACUUCCUUGCCUACUCCACGAUUGCGUCCCGCCAGGGUACCGCUACCUGCUUCCAGAUUACCCUUGUCAAGAACCUCAACGCUGUCCACCGUAUCGAUGGUGUCAAGACCCAGUACAGCUUGUCUGCCGCUCUUGCUGCCAGCAAGGCCAAGCUCACCGGAAGCGCUUAG